AUGUACGAUCCGCUCGGAUUGAUAGCACCGGUGAUCGUGCGUGCUAAGAUGCUGAUGCAGGAGCUAUGGCUACUCAAAUCCGGCUGGGAUGAACCUGUUCCUAAUCACAUCUGUAAAAAAUGGAAGGCGAUUCAGAGCGACUGGAAAACGUUAUCCGAGUACAGGACUAACCGUUACGCUCUCUUACCAGAUGCAACAGUAGAAUUUCACACAUUUACCGAUGCUUCGGAGGCCGCCUACGGAGCAUGUGUCUACGCUCGUUGUGAAAACGCGGCGGGAGAAGUCCGCAUCAGCCUAUUAGCUUCGAAGUCUCGAGUGGCACCACUGAAGCGCGUCACGUUGCCGAGGCUUGAACUAAGCGCAGCUGUCCUGGGCGUUCAUCUGCAUCAUCGCGUCAAGGAGGCAAUGCAGAUCGUGUGCGCCGAAUCGUUUUUCUGGUCCGACUCAACAGUGACGCUAAAAUAG